GCGGCAGGAGGCAGCGUCGGGCCGGCGGCGGCGGUGAUGUCAGUGGCGGCCGGGCUGGCAGCAGCCCGUACUUCCUGUGGAGCGGCGGGCGGGCCGGGCUGCACACCCCGCUCGCCAGUGGCAGCCUCUUCGCGGGCGGCGGCCGAGCAGGGGGAGGGCUGUCAAAAUCGGGAGCCAGAUUCCGCGUCCCCCCACCCCCCACCCGCCCUCCAGCCCUUCCGCUUCCCCGGCGCCCGGCGUGACAUCUGCGGACCGCUGCCCUGGAUGCGGGGAGCGGCGGAAGAAUGGCCGUGCUCAAACUCACCGACCAGCCACCACUGGUCCAAGCCAUCUUCAGCGGUGAUCCAGAGGAGAUUCGGAUGCUCAUUCACAAAACCGAAGAUGUAAAUGCCCUGGAUUCUGAAAAGCGAACCCCUCUUCAUGUGGCUGCAUUUCUGGGUGAUGCCGAGAUCAUUGAACUUCUGAUUCUGUCAGGAGCUCGUGUCAAUGCCAAGGACAACAUGUGGCUGACCCCUCUGCACCGGGCUGUUGCCUCCAGAAGUGAAGAAGCAGUGCAAGUAUUGAUUAAGCAUUCAGCUGAUGUCAAUGCGAGAGACAAAAACUGGCAGACACCUCUCCAUGUGGCAGCAGCUAAUAAAGCUGUCAAAUGUGCAGAAGUCAUCAUCCCCCUGCUGAGCAGCGUCAAUGUCUCUGACCGAGGCGGGCGGACAGCCUUGCACCAUGCUGCUUUGAACGGCCAUGUGGAGAUGGUCAACUUACUCUUGGCCAAAGGAGCAAACAUUAAUGCCUUUGACAAGAAGGAUCGGCGUGCUCUGCACUGGGCAGCGUAUAUGGGCCACCUGGAUGUUGUGGCAUUGCUCAUUAACCACGGUGCAGAAGUGACGUGUAAGGAUAAGAAGGGUUACACCCCGCUUCAUGCUGCAGCCUCCAACGGGCAAAUCAAUGUUGUCAAACAUCUCCUGAAUCUGGGUGUGGAGAUCGACGAGAUCAAUGUCUAUGGAAACACAGCGCUUCACCUUGCCUGCUACAAUGGGCAGGAUGCUGUCGUUAAUGAGCUGACCGACUAUGGUGCUAAUGUGAACCAGCCAAACAACAGUGGGUUCACCCCUUUGCACUUUGCAGCAGCCUCCACACAUGGUGCUUUGUGUCUUGAACUCCUAGUCAACAAUGGGGCAGAUGUUAACAUCCAGAGUAAAGAUGGCAAAAGCCCACUGCACAUGACAGCGGUCCAUGGGAGGUUCACCCGUUCACAAACCCUCAUUCAAAAUGGUGGUGAAAUUGACUGUGUGGAUAAGGAUGGCAACACUCCUCUCCAUGUGGCAGCAAGAUAUGGUCAUGAGCUUUUGAUUAACACCUUAAUAACCAGUGGAGCUGACACAGCAAAGUGUGGAAUCCAUAGCAUGUUCCCUUUACAUUUAGCUGCCCUAAAUGCUCACUCUGACUGCUGCAGAAAGUUAUUGUCCUCGGGCUUUGAAAUAGACACCCCAGAUAAAUUUGGAAGAACGUGCCUUCAUGCUGCUGCUGCAGGAGGUAAUGUGGAAUGUAUAAAACUCUUGCAGAGCAGCGGAGCAGAUUUCCAUAAGAAGGACAAAUGUGGGAGAACCCCUUUGCACUAUGCAGCUGCAAAUUGUCAUUUCCACUGUAUUGAGACAUUAGUGACCACAGGGGCCAAUGUUAAUGAAAUAGAUGACUGGGGACGGACAGCCUUACACUAUGCCGCUGCAUCAGACAUGGAUAGAAAUAAGACAAUCUUGGGAAAUGGCCAUGAACAUUCAGAAGAACUUGAUGGAACCAGAGAAGUGAAGGAAAAAGAAGCUGCUCUAUGUCUAGAGUUUCUGCUUCAAAAUGAUGCAAAUCCAUCUAUCCGGGACAAGGAAGGUUACAAUAGCAUACAUUAUGCUGCUGCCUAUGGCCACAGGCAAUGUCUGGAACUGCUUUUGGAAAGAACCAACAGUUGUUUUGAAGAAUCAGAUUCCGGGGCUACGAAGAGUCCACUCCACUUAGCUGCCUAUAAUGGGCAUCACCAAGCCUUGGAAGUCCUUCUUCGGUCACUGGUGGACCUGGAUAUCCGGGAUGAGAAAGGCCGCACUGCUCUGGAUCUGGCUGCGUUUAAGGGACACACGGAGUGUGUGGAAGCCCUCGUCAAUCAGGGCGCAUCCAUCUUUGUGAAAGACAAUGUAACCAACAGAACCCCGCUCCAUGCCUCAGUAAUGAAUGGUCACACGCUGUGCUUGAGACUAUUACUAGAAAUUGCAGACAACCCAGAAGCAGUUGAUGUGAAAGACGCCAAAGGACAAACCCCACUGAUGCUGGCUGUAGCUUAUGGACACAUCGACGCUGUUUCGUUGUUACUUGAAAAGGAAGCAAAUGUUGACGCGGUUGACAUCAUGGGCUGCACAGCCUUACACAGGGGGAUUAUGACAGGACAUGAGGAAUGUGUACAAAUGCUGCUGGAACAAGAAGUAUCCAUUCUCUGUAAAGAUUCCAGAGGGAGGACCCCCCUGCACUAUGCAGCUGCCCGUGGCCAUGCCACGUGGCUAAGUGAGCUGCUCCAGAUGGCACUGUCUGAGGAGGACUGUUCUUUCAAAGAUAACCAAGGCUACACCCCACUGCACUGGGCUUGUUACAAUGGUAAUGAAAACUGCAUAGAGGUACUUUUGGAACAAAAAUGUUUCCGCAAAUUUGUUGGCAACCCCUUUACUCCACUGCACUGUGCAAUAAUAAAUGAUCAUGAGAAUUGUGCAUCAAUGCUACUUGGGGCCAUAGAUUCCAGUAUUGUAAAUUGUAGAGAUGACAAAGGCAGGACACCACUUCACGCGGCAGCAUUUACCGAUCAUGUAGAAUGCUUGCAGCUUCUUCUAAGACACAAUGCUCAAGUGAAUGCAGCCGACAAUUCAGGGAAGACAGCGCUGAUGAUGGCUGCUGAGAACGGACAGGCGGGCGCUGUAGAUAUUUUGGUAAAUAGUGCCCAGGCUGAUCUGACUCUAAAGGACAAGGACCUGAACACAUCCUUACAUUUGGCUAGUAGUAAAGGUCAUGAAAAAUGUGCCUUGUUAAUACUUGACAAGAUACAAGAUGAGAGCCUUAUUAAUGCAAAAAAUAAUGCACUGCAGACACCCCUCCACAUUGCUGCGCGCAAUGGCUUGAAGGUUGUAGUUGAGGAGUUGCUGGCCAAAGGAGCCUGUGUACUAGCUGUCGAUGAAAAUGGUAUUGGAAUUAGCAGCUCAUGCCUAUUUCUCAGAAGUCAUACCCCGGCCCUGGCUUGUGCUCCUAACAAAGACGUGGCUGACUGCCUGGCCCUCAUUUUGGCUACCAUGAUGCCUUUUUCUCCUUCCAAUACAAUGACGGCUGUCAACUUCGUUUGUUUUAAAAAAGAUCAUUUGAGCAGAACGACCCUCUCCAAUCUGGGUAGCAUGGUUAGUCUGUGCAGUAACAACAUAGGCUCAGAGGAUGGGUACAAUGAAAAUGAUUCUGAUUCGGAAACUUUUUGACUUUGAACUCUAGAAGCUUUUCCUUGAUUACUCACAAAGGAGGAAGGGAUAGAAGCUGAACUCCAGGUUUAUAUUGUGUUCAAGUAUUAUGGUGGGCCCCACCUUCCUGAAGCCAGUAGAGACGGAAUUCAUCAAACUGAAUGGGAGGGCAGCUUGACUGUUCUGGCAAAGCAUUCACACAGAUGGGCCCUGAUCUUGAUUUGUUUCAUGUUUCCAUAGAUCUAAGAUACUUGGAAAAAUCUACCUCUCAUUUUAAGUAAGGGUUUUUUUUUUUAAUGCAUUUAAUUCUUUUUCUUUGGGGAUAAUGCAACUGAGAGGGAGGUGUUCUUUAUAAAGACAUAUUUUUUGUCAUUUGCUCACUCAGCAGUGAGUUCUCAGAAGAUAUAUCAAUGGGACAUUCCUGUCCCCAGGAGGGGAGGGAAGAGGUUGGUAGGAAAUACCUCAAACCUUUUCUCAUUCUGAUGUUUACUUCCUCAAUAGAAGCCAAAGGUAAAAGUGUUCAUCUUCAGAAAUAAAGCCUGUAAUAAUCUUUUUAAGGGAGUCUAAUUUAUUCAUAUCCUCUCUGUAGUAAGCACUUAAAUAUCCAGAACUUCCUUCUGAGGAUUUUUUAUUCAGAUUGCCAGAUAAAUAGAAAAGUUCACUGAAAAUUGAAGGUGAGAGUUGCUUUCUUUUUAUUAAACACAAACAGGGCACCCAGUGCUCUCCAAACCUGAAACUAAUUUUUACCUGAAAGAUUGAACCCAAAUCUAUCAAAUGUCAUUUCAAGUGAAAAUUACAAACCAUCAAAACUUUGGGCCAUACGCACACUUAGUAUGUAACUAUUCCUUAUUAAUCUGUCCUUAAUUGAGAAUACAUUUUUUAAAAUAUCAGAGCUAUCAACAUCCUUCAGCAAUAGUAAAAUGUUCAAUGAGCUUCUCAGUCAAGUUCAUGCCUAGUAAGUGACUGCAAAAGGGAACAAAGAAAUGAAAGCAGGAAGUAAAAUUAGGUGAUAUGGAAAUUAAAGCCAAUUGCUACUUGCUCAUUGAUGAAAUCAACAUAGUGAAUACUGUGUCUACUCCCUCUGCCAAAGCUUCUAGGUCAAAUGGACCCCGUUCCGCAUCUGGAAUAGCUGUACAAAAAGAAGAAUGAGACUCUAAAAGUUAUGCACAUGCUCAUACAUAUAUGCAUGUGCAUAUAUAUAUAGAUAUGUCUGUAGUUCAUCAACCAGCUAUACAUGAGGACCAAAAUGCUUCAGUAUAAAAUGGAAGAUAUAAAUUGUUUUCCUUCAAAAUGGAAGUGAGAACUGAAGUAGCUUUUUUUGGAGUUAAAUGUAACUUUUAUGUGUGACAGUCUUUGUUGUAUUUUGUAUUUCUUAUUACUCAGAUUUCCAGUUGAUGGCUUAACAUUUGUAACUGUAACUAGCUUUUCUUUUUCUUUCAUUUUUUGCCAAAUUAUGGAAAAUGUUCAUAAAAUUCUGAUGUAAGUGGCUUAUAUUUAUUUGAAAAGAAAUAAUUGCCAAGGAAACAUCCAUUGGUUGUUCUCUGUUUUAACGACUAUGUGUCUUACUUGGAGUAACAAAAAAGCAAAAUACACAGAAAUUCUCCUUGGCUAACCAGCAGUCCUGAGGCCCCAGCAUUUCCAAUGCUCAGGUUUCCAGCGAAACUUCAGAUUCUUCCAGGAGUCAGUUGGAGAGGGGGUCAGCUUCCAUCACUCAGCCUCAGAUUGUAGCCUGUAUAGAGCUUAGAAGACACUGCAAUUCUGAUGCUCUUUUGCAAAAAUGAAAACUGUAGGGUGCAGAGAAUCAUAUGCACCAAGGUGACCCUAAGGAAGAUACAGAAAUCGUCCAAUUACAAUUACAUUGUAAAUCUCACAUGAUCCCAAUAAAUUUAACGAAGAAUUGAUAGUGUAUGGACACCUGUGUAGAGAGGAGAAA